GUAACUUUCAGCAGCAGCAGCAGAGAAAGCAGCAGCAGCUCACCUGGAGGAGGAAAACACCGCGCUGCAGAGAUGACCGAGACCCGGACACACGCUCACACAGCCCGACCGAGCUCACAGGGACACCGGGGUCUGGCUUUAUGAGUCUAAUCUUCUACAAACUGCGGUUUAAAACAACAAAAUAACAGAGAGAGAGAGAGGCGCGUGUGGUCUGGGUAUAUCACUGCUCAGCCUGUCUGAAGGAGGAGGAGGAGAAGGGCAUGAAGGAGAAGCCGAGGAGAGCCGGGCCGGGGCUGCUGCAGCUGUGUGAAGUCCGGUGACUUUAUCUGUGUGGAUUGUUUUAACACGAAUUGAUGAAGAAUUUAAAGGAGACGACAGCCGGAGCAACGACCGCUUCCCCGUCCGGAUCUGCGUGGUGAGCAUGGUGGCCGCGGUGCGCUCCGUCACGGCGCUGCUGCUGCUCGCUCAGGUGCUGCUGGGAGGCGUUGCCGCCGCGCUCGUGCCCGACGUGGAGCGGCGCAGGCCCGGAGAGCAGAGCUCGAGCUUCCUGCGCGAGUUCGAGCUGCGCCUGCUCAACAUGUUCGGCCUGAAGCGCAGACCCACGCCCAGCGGCGCCGCCGUCGUGCCCGACUACAUGCUCGAGCUCUACCACCUGCACGCGGGGGGUGACGGAGGAGCGCACGAGCAGCACCUUCAGCAGGGCGCGCGGAGGAGGCGCGCGGACAGGGCGGCCAGCCGGGCCAACACCAUCAGGAGCUUCCAUCACGAAGAAGCUUUUGAGGCCCUCUCCAGCCUGAAAGGAAAGACAACACAGCAGUUCUACUUCAACCUCACCUCAGUGCCAGCAGAGGAGCUAAUCACAGCCGCGGAGCUGCGCGUCUUCAGAGACCAAGUUCUAGGUGACUUUACAAAGAGCAACAGCAGUGUUGCAGGUGGUUUUCACCGCAUAAACAUUUUCGAGGUGUUCAGGCCAGCUCAUUCCCUAUCAGAGGAGCCUCUCACCAGGCUGGUGGAUACUCGUCUGGUGCAGGACUCUCAUUCGCGGUGGGAGAGCUUCGAUGUGGGCUCAGCAGUGGCGCGCUGGACCGCACACUCGCACCACAAUCAUGGCCUCCUGGUGGAGGUGCUUCAUCCUGAGGAGAGCAGUGGAGAGGAGCAGGCCGAGAGGAACAGGAGGAGGCACGUAAGGGUGAGCCGUUCCCUGCACGGGGACGAGGACUCUUGGUCGCAGGCCCGGCCGCUGCUGGUUACUUACAGCCACGAUGGUAAGGGUACGCCCCUCCUGCAGCCACACAGAGAGAAACGGCAGGCGCGGCGUGGGCCCAAGCAGCGGCGGAAACCACACCAGCGCACCAACUGCCGCCGGCACCCGCUUUACGUGGACUUCAGCGACGUGGGAUGGAAUGAGUGGAUCGUGGCUCCGCCUGGCUACCAUGCCUUCUACUGCAACGGCGAGUGCCCCUUUCCGCUUUCUGACCACCUCAACUCCACAAACCACGCCAUAGUCCAGACUUUGGUGAACUCGGUAAACUCCAACAUUCCUCGGGCUUGCUGCGUGCCCACAGAACUCAGCCCCAUCUCUCUGCUCUACCUGGAUGAGUAUGAAAAAGUUGUACUGAAAAACUAUCAGGACAUGGUUGUAGAGGGCUGCGGUUGCCGGUGAGAGGCAAACUCCCAAUGAAGACUUUUAUUUAUAUGAAAGAACAUUCAAAGAGCUAUUUUGGAGGAAAGAAAAGUAUAUAUAUAUAUAUAAUUAUAUUUAUGUUGACUGAAAAAAUGGGAAAAUAAAUAUUUUAAUGAGAGUGUUUUUUGCUUUUUCAGUGGUUUUGAAGAUGUUUGUCCAAUGUACAUUCAGUACAUUUCAAUAGCACAUGAAGUAUGAUGCUCAGAUUUUUAAUAUGUAUUUAUUUCAUCAUAACCACUUUAUUUGUAAAUGAAUUAUGUGUAUUUAUCAUGAAAAAAUAUAUCUUUUCCCAUC